AUGGCCGUCCCUACCAAAGCUGCGGCCUUCGUGGCCUCGUCUCCGUGCUUCGCUGCCUUCCACAGCGCGCAAGUCACGUCAUCUUUAGCCGAGGGUGCCAAGAAGUACAUUGGUACGCACAAUGGCACGUUCCACUGCGACGAGGCGCUGGCUGUUUCGAUGCUCAAGCUGCUGCCAAAGUUCGCAGCCCACGACAUUUUGCGCACCCGUGACGAGGCCAAGUUGGCCCAAUGCGAGGCUGUCGUGGAUGUGGGCGGUAUCUACGACCCGGAGGCGCUGCGCUUCGACCACCACCAACGCACCUUCACGGGUACCUUCGACCAGCGCGAUACUAAACUGUCGAGCGCCGGUCUGGUCUACAAGCACUUCGGCCGCGAAAUUAUCCAGCACCUGGCUGCCCCCACGACGCUGGACGACGCCACACUGGACAUUCUGCACCAGAAGGCGUACAAGAACUUCGUCGAGCACAUUGACGGCAUUGACAAUGGCGUCGAAGUGGCUACUGCAGGAGACGCUAAGCUGACCUACAACUACCAAGUGUCAACUAGUCUGAGCAACCGCGUGGGCUACUUGAACCCGCGCUGGAACGAGGACCAGAGCGAGAAGCGCGUCAACGAGCAGUUCCAGCAGGCCAUGUACAUGACUAUUACUGAAUUUACGGACGCCAUCCACGACCUCGUGCACUCGUGGCUUCCUGCUCGCGAGAUCGUGGAGAAGGCUGUGUCCAACCGCUUCCAGACACACAAGUCCGUUACAGAGCGACACCAGGAUGCACUUACGAACAUGCCGUAUAUUAUUGUAGGCAGAACGCAGACGACGCAGCAGAAACCUGUAGUGCGUGGAAGAUACGCCAAGUUCAAUGGCACUAUGGACGUGAUGCUGUUGGAGGCGCUGCAGGUCAACAACCCGUUCACUGCCAAGCACGGCACGAGGCUGCAGAUGUGGCAGAAUGUGGCCGAGUCUAUCGGUAUGCAGGUGUUCAAGAACCCGGGAGCUUUUUCGUGGCACACGUGUCGUGAUCGAGUGACGGCGCUGAUGAAAAUGUACACAGAUGGCAAGCACGACAAGUUAUUUAAACACGGAACGAUGGAGGAGAAUGCCCGCAAGGAGACGAUUCUGCGCGAGAUCAACGAGACGCUUCUCCGGAAGAACCACAAGAUGGCUGGACAGACGGUAGGGGACGGCAAUGGCAAGGAGAGAGUCAUCGGGACGAAAAGUGAUGGCGCUGGCCUGAGCUCUGCUGCUGCCUCCACGGCGCUGGCGCAGAAACGACGGAAAUUGGAGAAUGCUAUGAGUGGCAAAGUGACUGCUGCUACCGACGCUCAUGACGGUAGCAGUAGCGAGAACUUCCGUGCGCGGAUUCUGGAGCUAAUUGAGAGCAAGAUUCAGUUUGACAUGGAUCAACGGCAGAAGGAGACGGAGCUUCGGGAACAGGAGUUUGAGCUGCAGAAGCGGUUCCUGGAGUAUUUACAGUCCAAGUAGGUUGACGGGAUAUGCUGGUGAAGAGUGGAGUGAGCAGAGUCAUGUGUCAUGGCGUAAUACGUACAAGAGGGUGAAUAAGCUGCUCAUAUUGAUUUCUUGUUUCGCGCUAUGCUGCGCCUAGGUCGUAGCAUUGCAGUCUGACUGGUUACCACCAAGCGCUUUGGCCUCUUCCUGCAUGCUCUGCAGUAACUUAGCGAUGUUCUGUUUGAGCUCACACAGCUCCUCUUUCUCUUCUUGUGAGUCCCAUUCCUCCAAAUUCUCGUCUGAUUCUCCUUUCGCUUCUUGUUCAACUUCUUCGUCGCUGUGUAUCUCGUCUACGUCC